CCUCGCAAGACUAAUCCUCUCUACAAUCAUAACACACAGCAUAAACCCCAACACAAACCUCAGCUACAAUGCGCAGCGACAUCAACGAAAUGGACCCCCCCUCCAAAGAAUACGCCUUACCCGGCUCCAUCUGCAAAGUCCACAACCUCUACCAGACAAAGCCCGACGAGCGAGGCAAAAGAUCAUGGACCAAAGAUCUGCCCACCGACCUGGUAGAGCCAGCCGAGAGCACAGAAACAGGCCAAUACUCGCUUAUCGUGCGACACGUGAAAUGCUACGAUGGUCGGAAACCCCUCAAAGUGCACUCGAUUAUCAUCCAAAACAAAGCCACGAAGGAAUUCCUCGCCAAUGUACUAGAGGAAUUUCCCAGUCUGACCAUGACCCUCGAACGGGUUGAAUUCGAAGCCCCCUUCCGACCUUUCGUCCACCGAUGGACGCAAUUUUGCACCGCCCGGGAGCAGGAACCGGACCCUACCACCAAAGCCAACAUCGACCUACUGUAUGAAAUCCUAGUCGAGGAACUCGGAGAGACAAUCACACGCAAAGACGACCUUAUCUCCAACGGUGUGAUGACUCACGACCUACUAUGGAGCAUAUUCGAACCCGGGGAUAUUAUAUUCAGCAUCCUGAAUGGCUCACCCCGCGCAUUCAUCCUCGAUUCCAGCGAACAUACCGAUGAAGAAUUCAAGAUCACCUCCCGAUACAUCGACUUCGGGGGGAGUAACUUCGGCUUCGUGUGCCAGACAUUCAAAAUCCCAAACUACAAUGGAACAUUACCAAUCCUCGCAUUGCCUGUUUUCCCCCUCUCAUCUCAUCCCAACCCCACCAGCAUCCGAGAAGAACUCGCCACUCGGGGCCGACUUUGGGAAGGAUACAAAGGCUCGCACUACAAGCAUUACGAAGGGAUCGCAAGUGGGUAUUUCCUCUGUCGGGAAAUGAAAUACCACAUCAACGGGCGAAUCGUCAUCGACGCCUUGUCAUACAGUUCAUUCAACCCCGACGAAGCGAUUCGUCUAAACGGACCAAUGAUGAAAGAGCUUUCCGGUGAUAAUCAUCUAAUCACGACACCGGUUCUUCGGGGUUAUUCGCUCAAGGAUAAGAAAUGGCUCGUGUUCAACGUCGACAAGGUAAAGGAGAUAGUGUGGAACUCACGGGCAUUCGAUUCUCUUGUCUUGCCGUCCCGACGAGAAGGUCUCAAAGAGCUGAUUUUGUCAUUUGCUCGGGCACAAUCGCAAAGUGACAAUGAUUUCGACGAUGUGAUUCAGGGAAAGGGCCGCGGGGUGAUUGUUCUUCUGAGUGGUCCACCGGGCGUGGGAAAGACUCUGACGGCGGAAAGUGUGGCGGAGGUCAUGAAAGUCCCUCUGUAUGCGCUCAGUGCGGGCGAUCUUGGAACAGAGCCGACGGAAAUGGAGGAGCGUCUGAAAGAUAUCCUUGAGAUGGUCCCGAGAUGGGGGGCUGUUUUGCUGCUGGACGAAGCGGAUGUUUUUCUGGAGGCGCGGAACUCGACUGAUCUUGCUCGAAAUGAACUUGUAUCUAUCUUCCUCAGACUCUUGGAGUAUUAUGAGGGCAUCCUCUUCCUCACCAGCAACCGAGCCGAGAAUAUCGACCCUGCAUUUGAAUCACGCAUCCAUGUCUCUCUUCGGUACCCGGAGCUUAACCUUUCUUCUAGACGCCAAAUCUGGUCCCAGUUCCUGGGUAAGGACCUGGACGCUUUUACAGGCGAUGAACUGGACAGCCUGGCACGGGUUCCGCUCAACGGGCGACAAAUCAAGAAUGUCCUCCUUACUGCGCAUUUGCUUGCGAGGGAGAGGGGGGCUAGACUGGGGUAUGAGCAGGUUGAGACAGUGCUGAGACUCAGAGAGCCGGAUGCGGUAACUUGUGAUGUUGAUCAGGAGGAUUGAUGCAUUACUGUUGUGUUUGCCAUAUAACAUGACACUUUGAUAUCAGAUUAGAAGUCCUAUGUUGGAUGGAUUAACCUACAUUUCCAAAGCUAUCGUUAAGGUGCUGUUUGGCAGAGACUAGUAGACCAAAAUUGAGACAGUUUCUAGCAUCCAAUGUCCAUUUUCCUACAUAGAAGACUACCAAAGAA